GUUUUUUAAUUCACACACAUCGCCACCUCAUAACGUAUAUAGUAAGUAUUUUGGAACGGCCUGAGAAGUGCAGUAAAAAAUGACCACGUACACUGACAAAGGAGAGAAGCCCGAAGCCGGUAGGUUUGUCUGCUUCGACCAUGUUACCUUUUGGGUUGGAAACGCAAAACAGGCUGCAUCCUUUUAUUGUACUAGGAUGGGCUUUGAGCACUUGGCCUACAAGGGCCUAGAAACAGGUAGCAGGGAGGUUGUAGCCCAUGUGAUCAAGCAAGAUAAGAUAUUAUUUGUACUCCAGUCGGCCUUGAACCCAGGAAAUGAAGAAAUGGGAGAACAUCUGGUUACCCAUGGUGAUGGAGUUAAAGAUGUAGCUUUUACUGUUGAAGACUUGGAUGCUAUUGUUGAAAAAGCUAGAGAGCGAGGCGCCAAAAUAGUUUGUGAAAUCUGGAAGGAGCAGGAUGAUGAUGGUGUUGUGCGAUAUGCUACUGUACAGACGUAUGGUGAUACAACACACACAUUUGUUGAGAGAUCUGAUUACAAUGGGUGUUUCUUACCUGGAUACAGGCGUUCUACCGAAGUUGAUCCUCUUCUCACUAAUUUGCCACCAUCUGGAUUGAAUUUUAUUGAUCAUAUUGUUGGCAAUCAACCAGAUGACGGAAUGAUACCAGCAGUAGAUUGGUAUGAGAAAAAUCUGCAAUUUCAUCGCUUCUGGUCGGUUGACGACGAUCAGCUCCACACCGAGUACAGUGCCCUUCGUUCCGUCGUCGUGACCAACUACGAAGAAACAAUCAAAAUGCCAAUUAAUGAACCAGCCCCUGGCAAGAAAAAGAGUCAGAUACAGGAAUAUUGUGACUAUUACGGAAGUGCCGGAGUUCAGCAUAUCGCCCUCAACACCAGUGACAUCAUCACAGCUGUCACUAACCUCAAGAAGCGUGGAAUGAACUUCCUUAACAUACCAGACAGAUACUAUAACAACUUACGAGAACGUUUGAAAACUUCACCAAUCAAAGUUACAGAGGACUUGGAUGUGAUACAAAAGUUGAAGAUUCUCAUCGACUACGAUGAUAAUGGCUACCUGCUGCAGAUUUUCACGAAACCUUGCCAGGAUCGACCCACACUAUUCCUGGAGGUCAUCCAAAGAAAGAAUCAUUCCGGAUUUGGUGCUGGAAACUUCAAGUCGCUUUUCGAGGCAAUUGAAUUGGAUCAAGAUGAUAGAGGAAAUCUAAAUUGAAUGGAACAAUUCAAUUGUGCCAACACGAAAACAAAAAACCAUAAAAACCGUUUUAUUUAUUUGUGUACUCUCCCGAAACCUUGCCUGUACUGAACGGCCUGUGCUUCCUUUGUGCUACAUUUGUAUUUGAAUUUGUAUUUGUGACCUGCUUUGGCAAAACCCUCCGUUUGGCAGAAUUGCUAAUUUCCCUCCAACACCCAAACCAUUCGAGAAUCAUAAUUAUGAACAUUUUCAUGUUUUUGCAUUUUAUAAAAGAAGAUAUAUUGAAGAACAUUUCUGUAAAAUAUCAAUCACUAAAUCUAACCGAAAAGUAUAUAAAAAUUAUCUUUAAAAUACAAGCCUUAAUAAUAAACUAUUGAAUUUGGAAUCUUUGGAAGGUAUAUUCUGAAACAUACAUGCCUGAUAACCAGUGAAUUAAAUAUUCAUAACUUCGCUAAUACUCAACCAAAUUCCAUUAAAUAAACACUGUUUUAAAGAACAAUUCAUGCAGAAUAUAAAAAUACCAAUAACUCAAUUUUGAAAUUUGCCUACUAAUGGCGGGUUUUGCCAGAGCCGGUCACUAUCUUAAUUUAAGUAGCAUAGUUCUGAAGAUUAUUCUUUAGUAUGUGCAUAAUUCUAGUUUGUGCAAUUAAAUUAAAUGGAGUGUUAUUAUUUUUAUUUACAUUGUUACAAGAUCACUAUUUAAAGAUAUAAAAUUGAAUGUUAAAUUUAGCUUCCUUGUUGUAAUAUUCAGUCAUAUACAACAUACAGUACAUUACAUAAAUAAAAUUAGGAACAUUAAACCAUAUACUGUAUCAAUAGAAUAUUAAAUUUAUGACAAGAACUUAGUUGUGAAGUAAGGACUUUUAAAUGACAAAAUUUUCCUCCUAAAUCAAUUGAAACAGUAGUCGAAUCCAUGAGAGCAAAAUGAGCAUGAUUAGGCCAAGUAAAAUAAAAAGUUAGAUUCUUGUACAAACUUUUUAAAAAAGUUGCUGAAUGUGAAAUAUGAAAUAGAAAUAUGUUUGUCCAGCAAAUAAAAAAUACAAUGCUAAAGAGAUAAAUAAUUGUGGAAGCAAGAAAAUAAAAAAAUUGAGUAGGCAUGGGCAAGAAACUAAGUUUUUACUUGGCUUUAAAUCAAUGUCAUGUAUAUUGUUAAAGUAUUUUAUUAUUUCUGAAUAGUAUAUUGAUUCAUAAUUUUUUAUUCAAAAAUAAUUAACAUAAUUGUGAUAGUAUUGUCAACUUCAUUAAUAAAUAUUUUUCCAUUAAUGUACAGUAGAACCUCGCAAAACCAAUGCAUACUGAAUUUUUUUCUUCAAACCAAAGUUGAAACAUAGAAAACAUAAUGUACAUAAAACUGAAUACUGUAUUAAAUUAAAAUUGUUAAAAUUGCAA